GCUCCUCCCGGUUCUUUCGAAUUUCUUUUGGAUCCCUUUGUGGAUCGCAGGAGUGAAUGCAUGGGAGUGCAAGAACGACACUACACCACGCGUCUGAGACAACGCGGUGCAUUCAUUCCUUCCCACCAUGUACCUUCGGCUCUUACCGAAGCCCUGCAUGCUGCCGUCCGUCGUCUCAUUGAACAAGACCAUGUCCUGGCCCAAGAUCGCGUGUACCUGGGACUAUCGAGUAAUCGACUAUCCCACGCUUACAAUUAUCACGGUCUGACGGCCAACAAAUGGCUUCGAGGUGGGGCACAGGUGGACGCCCUUCUGCAACAAAUGAGCGCCAUGCUCAACUCCAACGAACAGUUCGAUAUGGAUGAUUCCUUCCAACUCUCCUUCACGCACGUGCACGCAUCUCCAGCGGGUUCUGGUUACAAACGCAAGUUGAAACCCGGCCAUUCCGCCUUGACGUCCUUCAAGAAAAAGAAGUUGUCCAUGCUCCUCAUUAAGAAAGGAGACGAGCUUUGUUCCGCCAGAACCAUCGUCACGGCCAAAGCCAGACUUGACCAACACCCCAGCUGGGACAGGUUCAAAAGAGGCAGAAGGAUCCAAGCAGAACAUGCAGUAGACCUUCAUCACGAAACGAGAGUUCCCCGAGGUCCAUGUGGGUAUGACGAACUCCGCGCGAUGCCACGCGCGAGUAUGUCAUGAUGUCGUUUGGCCCACCUUCACAAAAGCAGCUCGUCCUCCUCUAUGACGAUGGCCAUCACAACGUCAUCACUUCUCUACCCGGAUUCUUUGGCACCUCCUACCUCUGCGCAAGGUGUCUCAAACCCUAUGGCAACCAAGCUCACCACGCCUGCGACAACAACCCGGACCACUGCAGUCCAUGUCUCCAGACUGGAUGUCCGGAUUACACCAAGGCCCAAGGCCGGUGUGGCUACAUCACGUGUCCUUUGUGUCACCAUUACGUCGAAGCCUUGUCGCAUCGGUGCUUCAUUCAAGUG